GUGAUCUUGGAUGGCCGAGACGUCUUGUCUUCCUCUGCGUCCACGACUCCCGCCGGCCGUUGCCGUACCGUCCCGCCCAACACUCCAACGCAGCGCCCCCGUUCGGUCGCGCAUGGGCGAAAAACAAACAAGACCACCCUGGGCCAAACACGCGCCGCUUCCGCUACCUUCACACCACCACUGCUGAACCGGCAACCAGCCUCCCGCUUCCCACAACGCCGCUGCCCCCACCGAGCAGCUGCACCCAAGCACCGCCGAAGAGGCACUCUCGACCGGACGCGACAGGCAGCGCAUCCCGCUCGAGUCUGGGUGGGGCGCAGGAACCACCCAACACCGCCCUCUGGCUUAAGUCGCCUUCUCCGCUCGCUCUCUCGCACGCCCCGCGACCGCACUCAAUACGAACACGCACGCAGCGCCUUUGCCUCCGUCCGGCUCCCGCCCGCCUACGAUGCCGCCCUCGGCGACCAGGCGAACCGGUCUGCGCUCUCGCCGCGAUGCCGACGCCCAGCACUCGGACGCAGACACGCCAGAUUCCAUCGCCACGCCUUCCCGCAAGCGCAGAAAGGUCGGCAGCGCCCAUGCCUCUCCCGCAAAGCUGAACUCCCAGUUUGCGCCGCUGAACGGUGCCGACCAAGCCGCGCCGGCCACCCACCUGGCCCGCAACCGCAGAGAGUCAGUCGGCAGCAACGACUCUAACGCAACCCUGCCCGAGGCAGAAGCAGACGAGCCCAUGGACCCCAUUGAGCGCCAGAACCAUCUUAUCAACCACUUGCGCAUACCCGGCUACACCACCAAUGCCUCAAUCGACUUUGCCAACGACCUGCAGAUGCGCAAAGCCAUCGGCAACAAUGUAGCGGCUUUUGCAAAGGUCGCAGCCCGCGACUGGUGCUUCUUCGCCCAAAAGACGCGCUUCAUCAUCGGCCGCGCAGAUGCUGCUACUCGUUCGCAAACCCGUCCGCCGGUCGCAAAUGGCCAAUACAGCGAAAUGAGCGAGCCGAAUGCGUGGGGAGUAGACAUCGACCUGGGUCCCGAACGACAAGUCUCUCGCGUCCAUGCCGACAUUGAGUAUGACAGCGAUGACCAGGUCUGGUACCUCACCUGCAAUAGCCGUAAUGGGCUCAAGCUGGACGACCGGAGUUUGCAAAAAGGACAACGCGAACCGCUACAUUCUGGCAUCUGCAUCCAGGUUAUGGGCACCCAGAUGCUGUUCCUUUUAGCGAAUGGGGACGAUGUAUUCCACCCGAUGAUCUGGCGCCAGACAAUGAACAACCACAAUGCGGGUCUGUCGGACGACGAAGACGGCCAACCUCAUUCGCGCAAUGCGCCGCCACACGCUCACCCGAACGGACCAACUCCCAAGCGCGAGCCAUAUGACCCUUUCCCACCUACAUCAGCACGCAGCCGACAGGCGCAUCCAUACAGCAGCCAGUUGACGUCAACCCCCGGCCGCCCAAUGCCUGGCACACCAGUUACAUUCUCUCGCAGCAAAGGCUCGCCCUCGACGUACCCGCGUGGCAUGAUGCUGGACUCGACGGAAGAUAUCGACUACAGCCAGGACUCGGCCAAAGAUAUCAAGCCACCUCAUAGCUAUGCUCAAUUGAUUGGCCAGGCCAUCCUGCAAAGCGAGGAGCAGAUGCUUACUCUUGCCAAUAUCUACGAGUACAUCAAGGAACACUAUGCUUUCUUUCGGGUCACGAACAGUGGUUGGCAAAACAGUAUUCGUCACAACCUGUCACUGAACAAAUGCUUCGAGAAGGUUGCCCGUCGCACUGACGAGCCUGGAAAGGGCAUGAAAUGGAAGAUCACCGACAGCGAGAAGGAAGACUUCAUGAAGAAACAGAUGCUCAACCCACGUAAAGGCGGUGGGGCAUUCCGAAUGGAUACUUCUGGCCCAAGCUCACCCGCUAUAGGCCAGUUUCGUGAUCCGCGAGAAACUCCCUUGCAAACCUCCGAACGGCUGCAGGGUGCGAUCGGCCAACAUGAUGCUUUCCGCAGACAGGAGACGGGGGGCCGCAUAAAGUCCCCGCCACGCUCAACAACGCCUCCGCUGUCGUCUGUUCCGAUGGCGAAUGAGUCCUACACCCCUGACCGUGGUUCCAGGGCGCCCAAUCAACCAAUAGGUCUAAAACAAUCUCCAAAGUUUACCAGCGAUCGCUUCGUGACACCAGCCAAGAGGCUUAUGUAUGGAGAAGAUGAAUCCCGUGGACCGUCUUUCAUCAAAGGUGCCGAGGAUGCUCACCGUGGAUUGGAGUCUUCACCGUCUGUGGAUCCGGUCAAGCCCAAUGUAAGUGGUCUACGUGGUGAUGCAGCCAACUCGCCGCCCACACUCUACUCGGACGUCACGGCCAACAACUCCAACGGAGGACAAGACUCGUCCAGGAUGAACCCGCUAGUCACGCCCCUUGUCACCCGCCAUGCUCCGCGUCUCGCACCCCCUUCCACGGCUCAGGUUCCAAGCCAGUACAUGAACUUCUCCAGCCCGGCCCCCUUCUGGAAGUACAUCGACCUGCCCAGCACUCCUGCCAAGCCAUUGCUCGAUCUUAGCCCGAUCAAGCUAAGGCCUAGCAACGAGAAGGACGGUGAGGAUGAGGUGCCACAGCCUAGUUCGCCGCCGCUCAUCCAGGACGAGGAGGAGGAGCGCAGCGGCGAGUCAGAAGAGAAGGACGCUGAAGAGAAAGCCGACGAAGAUGAGGAUGCGCCGCCAGAUAGCCCGAGCCGUACCGUGUCGCGACCCGUGAGCCGCCGCGAGCUCACCUCCCAGCGCUCUCGGUCCAACUCCAACGUCAACGGCUUCGAUGCCAAGCCUGGUAUGGUUCGAGGUGCCAGUCUGGGUUCUUUCGAGGAGGAGCCUGAGGAGGAAGGGUUCGACUUGUCAAAGGGAUUCCAAAAGAUUGGAUCUUUCCACAGGAGCAUCGCACAGGCUCAUGGCGUCGUCGGCCCGCGCUCAUCGCAGAGCCAAGAGCCGGUGUCAGCCAGAACCAGUGUUACGACGAACAUGUAGGAAGUGGAUCAUCGUCAUACAUCCGGCCCCGACAUUGCGCGCCGCGCGCGGACGGAUUUCUACGAGGCGUUCAACUCGCGGCCUUUUGAAGCUAUCCACGAAAUGGAGGAGUAUUGAUACAGCCAUUGCAUGACUUUGGACUCGGUCACUGCGUUACGAUCUUUGUGUUGGGUAUGAGUUUACGAGGCCGUCAUCGGCUUCAACCAAAAGAGAGAAGAGAGAUCCAUACAUGUGUUUUCUUAUGCUACUGCAUGCAUGUUUUUGGCGGGUAUGGUCUUCUGAUCUGGUGUGUUCUAAACACGAUGUUAUGAAUCUUUGAUCACGACUAUGCGGGCGAAGAUGGGUGUGCUUCGGGCCGCGUUUAGGUGUGUUUUGCUUGUGGGUUUCGUGUAGCUAUAGGGGCGGCUGAGUCCGUUUUGUCAGGCUGUGGGUUUUGCGAUAGCGGCGGCGUAGGAUAGGCGCUGGUAUCUAUGAUGAAAUGC